UCCCACCGGCUCGUAGCUGCAGGCCACCGCCAAGGGGCGGGGCGGCCGGGAGGAACCGCGUUCUGGAGCGGGAGGGAGGGAGAUCCGCCGCCGAGUUACGGGAAAGUUGGUCCGAGUUCCCGGGAGUUUCCCGGUGUGGUCCCUUGCGUUCGGCCGGCUGCUCCCGGGCUCCUCUCCUACCUACGGCCUUCACGGUCCAUUCGGCCCCUCUUUCUGCCACGGGCGGCCAUGGAGCAGCCGCCGGCGCCCAAGAGCUACUGAGUAUAUUGGCAAAUGAAACAGAUGGGGACUUUGCCUGAAUGUCACAUCUUCUCCAAGUGGAGUAAGCUAAAAAAGCUGAGUGAAGACAGUUUGACUAAGCAGCCUGAAGAAGUUUUUGAUGUCCUGGAGAAGCUUGGAGAAGGGUCUUAUGGAAGUGUUUUUAAAGCAAUCCAUAAGGAAUCUGGUCAAGUUGUUGCAAUUAAGCAAGUACCUGUUGAGUCAGAUCUUCAAGAAAUAAUCAAAGAAAUCUCCAUAAUGCAACAGUGUGACAGUCCGUAUGUUGUGAAGUACUAUGGCAGUUACUUUAAGAACACAGACCUCUGGAUUGUUAUGGAGUACUGUGGAGCAGGGUCCGUUUCAGACAUAAUUAGAUUACGAAACAAGACAUUAACAGAAGAUGAAAUUGCAACUAUUCUAAAAUCCACCUUGAAAGGAUUAGAAUAUUUGCAUUUCAUGAGGAAAAUACACAGAGAUAUAAAAGCUGGGAAUAUUCUCCUCAAUACAGAAGGACAUGCAAAGCUUGCAGAUUUUGGAGUGGCUGGCCAGUUAACAGAUACAAUGGCAAAGCGCAAUACUGUAAUAGGAACCCCAUUUUGGAUGGCUCCUGAGGUAAUUCAAGAAAUCGGUUACAACUGCGUGGCUGACAUCUGGUCCCUUGGCAUCACUUCUAUAGAAAUGGCAGAAGGAAAACCUCCUUAUGCUGAUAUACAUCCAAUGAGGGUAAGCUUGACAUUGUGUAAACAAGUCAACAAAAUACAACAGAACAAGGCUAUUUUUAUGAUCCCUACAAACCCACCACCAACAUUCAGAAAGCCUGAACUUUGGUCUGAUGACUUCACCGAUUUUGUGAAGAAGUGCUUGGUGAAGAGUCCUGAGCAGAGAGCCACGGCGACACAGCUAUUACAGCAUCCUUUUAUCAAGAAUGCAAAACCCGUGUCAAUAUUAAGAGACCUGAUCACUGAAGCCAUGGAAAUCAAAGCCAAACGGCAUGAAGAGCAGCAGAGGGAGCUAGAAGAGGAGGAAGAAAACUCGGAUGAAGAUGAGCUGGAUUCACACACCAUGGUGAAGACAACUUCAGAAAGCGUGGGCACCAUGCGGGCCACAAGCACGAUGAGCGAAGGCGCCCAGACGAUGAUUGAACAUAGCAGCACCAUGUUAGAGUCGGACCUGGGCACCAUGGUUAUAAACAGUGAGGAGGAGGAGGAGGAGGAGGAGGACGGAACUAUGAAAAGAAAUGCAACGUCACCCCAAGUACAAAGACCUUCUUUCAUGGACUACUUUGAUAAGCAGGACUUCAAGAACAAGAGUCAUGAAAACUGUGAUCAGAGCAUGCGUGAGCCGUGCGCUGUGUCAAACAAUGUUUUUCCUGACAACUGGAGGGUUCCUCAAGAUGGAGACUUUGAUUUUUUAAAAAAUCUAAGUUUAGAAGAACUACAAAUGCGGCUAAAAGCACUGGACCCCAUGAUGGAACGAGAAAUAGAAGAACUGCAUCAAAGAUACAGUGCAAAAAGACAACCUAUCCUGGAUGCCAUGGACGCAAAGAAGAGGCGGCAGCAGAAUUUCUGACCAGAUUCCCUGUCUCAGUAUGACCAGAGACUAAGCAACCACAAGAGUUGAAGGAAUUAUAAUACUUUUUAAUCCCUAAAAUGUAUAUUCUGCAAUUUUUUAAAACUCAAAAUUGAUGGUACACACCUAGAUAAAUUUCCCAAAGCAAACCUUACAGUCGUGCCCACCCUGACGUCGUUUUGAAAGGAUGGGAACAAUACAUGUGCUCCCUUCUCUCUGCCAGCUGUCACACCUGCAACAAAACCCAUCUAGAGUCAAAGCUGCAUGCAGAGACUUUGGAAAGCCAAAGCUGUUGCUUAGCCACAGCACUGGUGGGCUCUGUUACUGUGUUCUUUACCCCUAUGGAGAAGCCUAUUUAUUGACCCCUAGGUAGACUUAUUUAUUUAUGCAGUUUCACUUCUUUGUUUUUUUGUUUUUUUGUUUUUUUGUUUUUAAGACAAGAUCAGGAUAGUUUUGGUGAAUGUCCGGACACAUUGCAUAUUAUAACACACAACCAAAUUGUACACUAAGCAGGGAGCUCUGGGAGUAUUCCUUCAUCUCGAUAGAAACAAAGUCAUGACUGCCCUAAUAUCCAAAUGGACCAGACAUUUUAUACUGAAGAUUUAAUACCAUUUCUACCUUUUGAAGUGUUAAUUCUUGAUUUUGAUAUUGCUAAAAAAUAAAACUAUAUAUACAUAGGUCAAAAAGAGUACAGUAUAAAACCAAAGAAAUCAAUGAAUUCUUGCACACAAAAAAUGUGUAGGAAAUAUUUUUAAAGACAUGAAACCUGAGAAAACAAUGUAAUUGUUCAUGUUUCUUUUAUUCGUCUGCAGUAGCCUCAUCCAGUUUAUUCUAUGAGAAUAUGCUUCUAUCACAGGACUUUUUGUUGAUUUCAUUUAUUUCCUGGGAAUUGGUAAGCAUCAUGUAUCUGACAAUAAAACAGUAAGAAACAUUUAUACUAAACUAAAUCUUUAGGGCCUAAAAAGAUAUUAAAGCAUUAGAAAAAGACUCAUUUCUGAGGAGCAUUAGCAUUUGUGUAAUUGACCUGGGACCAGUCUUUUCCUCCACUACACAUGGCCAUUUUGACAGUGUGUGUUCUUUUAUGUGUUAAUUACUAUGUGUGCAUCACAAAGACAAAUAAAUUCCACUGUGCCACCCAGAA